UCAGUUCUGUAAUGGUCAGGGAUAUUGCUGUAGCUCUUGCAAGAGAAUAAAACAAACCAUGGAACUUCCUUUCACUAAACAACAAACAUAUAUUGAUGAAUUUAAUUCAAAUGAUUAUUAUGAUACGUAUUAUGCACCAGGAAAAGGAUUGUUGAUUGAAGAAUGGAUGGAAUUUGCAUUAAAAAAACUUCAUGAGACAUUUACUUCAGGUGGAGUUGAAGGUGACACACUGAUUGACAUUGGUUCUGGGCCGACCAUUUACCAACUCCUGUCAGCAUGUGAAGUGUUUAAGAACAUAAUUAUAUCUGACUUCCUUCCUCAAAACCUCAUGGAAAUCCACAAAUGGUUAAAGAAAGAUCAUGGGGCAUUUGAUUGGUCUUUAGCUGUCAAAUCGGUUUGUGAGAUGGAAAAGAACAGUAACAACUGUCAGAAAAAGGAAGAGAAGCUCAGACAAACGGUGAAACAAGUGCUACAAUGUGAUGCACUAAAGAAAGACCCUUUAGAGCCUCAUGUUGUGCCGCCGGUCGACUGUCUGCUCAGCUGUCUGUGUUUGGAAGCUGCGUGUAAAGAUCUAGAGACCUUCUACAGUGCCCUGAAGAACCUGAGGACCCUGAUAAAACCUGGGGGUCAUAUAGUACUUCUGAGUGUACUAAAUGCUACAUUUUACUAUGUUGGUAACAAGACGUUUUCAAGCUUGUGUGUGACAAAAGAGGACCUAGAAAAAGCUCUUAUAGAAACUGGGUACCAAAUUGAGAAGAUAGAAGUGACAUCACAAUUAGGUCAGGAGGACAAGGACUUUAGUAAUUAUGACAGUCAUUAUUAUGUUCAUGCUCGUAAACCACAUGACUCUUAA